AAAAUUAGAAGCGGAAUUGUAAGAUUCGCAGAUUCGAAAUCCGAAGAAAUUGCAGUGAAGGAAGAAUGGGAAAGUUGAGUCAAAUCGCGGUUGCGGUGGCAAUUCUGGUGGUCGGCUUCCUGUCAUUCUCAGCCACCGCAAGACCCUGCAAGACCUUCUUCGUCUCCUCCUAUUCUUUCUCCUUUGAAAACCCUAACGAUCCUUUCUCCUCCUCUGCUUCCAACGGAUUCAUCACCGUCGUAACCGAGAUUAGCCAAUUGAGUCUCAAAACAUCCGAUCCCAAGCCGUCCGGUGUCUUUACCUCGCUCCGCGAGCGCAGUAGGGACAUCCUCAGUGUGGUCGUCUCCCUUCUCUUCGGUGUCGGCUGCGGCGCUCUCACGGGGGCCACCCUUUACUUGGUAUGGUCACUCUUCUCGGCCCGGUCUGAUUAUCAUCAAGCUUUUUUGGAGGAAGAUGAGAGCGAUGGAGAACUUAGCCCUAAGAAGAUUGGGUAUGUAAAUAUCCCCACCGUUAACUUUAAAGAAACCCCUUGAUCAGAUUAUAUAUGUUGAAAUCUUUAAUAUAAAUAAGAAUCGUUUGUUAAUUGUUGUGCCUUUGAGUAAAACUCAUAUCUAUGCGAUUUAUUUGAAGCCUUUGGGAUAACAUGUAAUCUAAAUACUAUUACUGUACGACUCCUUCGGAUGCUGUAUUACGCUUGCUUUGUUCUAAUGUUUCUUUCAUUUGCUAUAGAUCCAUUU